AUGGCGGCCUCACUUAUUCGUCUCCAUUUUCACGAUUGCUUUGUCCAGGGUUGCGAUGCGUCGAUCUUGCUAGACGAGACGCCUUCUAUCCAGAGUGAGAAGACUGCUUUCCCUAAUGUCAAUUCUGUAAGAGGCUACGAUGUGAUUGAGGCCGCCAAACGUGAGGUCGAGCGAGUUUGUCCAGGAGUUGUUUCGUGCGCAGAUAUAUUAACGCUAGCAGCUCGUGAUGCAUCAGCUUACGUUGGUGGCCCAUCAUGGAAUGUGAGACUAGGAAGAAGGGACUCAACCACUGCAAACCGUGACCAAGCGAACACAGAUCUUCCGAGUCCCUUUGCCACUCUCAAUGACCUCAUUUCCGCUUUCGACGCCAAAGGACUUAACACAAGAGACAUGGUUGCCCUUUCCGGAGCACAUACAAUAGGACAAGCACAAUGCUUUUUAUUUAGGGCAAGAAUUAAUAGCAAUGGAACUGACAUUGAUGCCGGAUUUGCAAGCACACGAAGGCGUCGGUGCCCUCAAACGGGCGGGGAUUCGAAUUUGGCGCCGCUUGAUCUUGUGACGCCAAAUUCGUUCGAUAACAACUAUUUCAAGAAUUUGGUGCAAAGAAAAGGUCUCCUUCAGUCGGACCAAGUCCUUUUCAACGGAGGAUCAACGGACACAAUCGUAUCACAGUACAGUAACAACCCUAGACUUUUCGCCUCAGAUUUCGCAAGUGCUAUGAUCAAGAUGGGUGAGAUUCCCGCAGGACAGCCUAAUGGAAUUAUAAGGAGGGUCUGUAGUGCCAUUAACUAG